CAGGCCUACACUGUAAUCAUUUAUUACACGGUUCAUGCCAUUCGAUUUAUAGAAAUGAGCAUGUCAUUACUAAACUGACCUCAUUUGCUUCAUGGACAUCAACGUUAAUAGUCGACGGGUUAUAUCUGAUAGGCCUGAAACGAGGAAAUUACUGGAAUACGUGAACUGACAUUUUGUCAUCUUCCUUGUGUAUACGGCCAAAGGUUGCUGCCCUUGAAUAACCUUGCGUUACAUGCCGAAAGAACAGUCGCGGAUCGCCAUUUGUCUUCAAAUCAAGACACGAUGGAGUUCCCUCAUUCCAGACGGAAGUUAGCCUUCAUGUAUCUCUUUCUCGCUCUGGUUAUCGGCCUGGAAGCUACUGCCUCCAAGAAAAUUCUGAUAUUGCCGUCGCCCUUCGUCAGCCAUCUUAUGCAAAUGGAUUCGUUGGCAGAUGGCCUGAUCGCGCGGGGUUACGAUGUUUACACAAUAUUGCAUUCCAGUGUCAAGGUGUCCAAAGCUGUUGUCAAGUCUAAUGUCAAGGUCAUCGACAUCGAUCCAGGAAUAAAACCGCUAUUUCAAACCAGGGAGUUCGAGGAGGUACUCGUCGGCCCUGAGUUAUUAGACUUGGGCUUCCUCGAAACGUUCAGGGUUUUGAGAAGGGGAUUUGAUAUAAUUAAGAUGGAAUGCAGGAACACUUUGUUGGAUACUAACCUAUUCAAAAAAAUUGAGGCAGAAAGAUUUGACUUUGUUAUAGUUGACGGCAUGGUGAAAUGCUUGACGAUAUUUCCGCAUAAGCUUGGUCUGCCCUUUGCAAUUUUCAUGUCACAUCUGCCACCAGAUAUCCCGCACGCAACACUGCAGGCUCAAUUUAUUCUUCCUGGUGUUAUUGAUGACAUACUAUCUCUUAGAAAACUCCCUCGAGUUCUUGCUACAAUCGGCAGAGCAGUAUUCGUAACAGCACUUUUCAACGCUGCCGACCAAUACUUUAUGGAUUUUCACAAUACCCCUAUUUUCGAAAUUCAGAAGGAGAGCAAACUUUGGCUCUGUGACAUCGGUAUGGUAUUGGACACGCCUAAACCUGUCUCUCCUAACGCCAUUCACGUUGGGGGUCUAAACAUCCGAAAAGCGAAAUCCCUCCCGGAGGGCGCCCUUAAACAGUUUGUGGAUUCCGCAUCAGAUGGAUUUGUUCUUGUUUCGUUUGGAAGCUUCGUCAAAUAUUUCCCGGACAAGAUAGUCAACAUUUUGCUCGAUACAUUCAGAGAUGUGCCUUACAAAAUAGUGUGGAAAUGGGACAAGCACAUGCUGAAAGCUGAUCAGGUUCUGCCGCGCAAUGUCCUGGCUGUAAACUGGGUCCCUCAAAAUGAUGUAUUGGGACAUAGAAACAUCAAGCUGUUCUUAACUCAUUGCGGCAACGGCGGCCAGCAUGAGGCAUUGUACAAUGGCGUCCCAAUGGUUGGGCUUCCCCUUUUUGCGGAUCAGAUGUUCAACUGCAAGAGAGUGGAGGGAAGAUUUGGCCGCCACAUUCGGGGGCGAAACCUUUCAAAAGACAAACUGCUGAAUAUGAUUAUGGAUGUAAUACGAGACCAAAAGUACUUUGAGAAUGUCAAGAAAGCGUCGGCGAUAUUUCGGGAUCAACCAAUGGAGCCCAGGGAGAUUGCAGCCUAUUGGGUUGAUCACGUGAUCAAAUAUGGCGCCAGUCACCUUCAGAGUAAAACCAAUGAGAUGUCUUGGAUUCAGAUCCUGAUGUGGGACGUCCUGUUCGUUGUUUGUGCUGUUAUUUUCAUCGCACUAAUAAUGGUUUUUCUCACCUGCCGCUGUGUAUACAGAAGGUGCUGUCGCAGGGAUUUCUCGAAAGAAAAGGCUAAACAAUCCUAGAGAACAUUGUCGCAUCAAAAUCCGUGUUAUUUCUCUUUACUAUGGUCAUAACAGUGAAAUGUCACCUUGUGUAGCUGAUUUUAAUAUCGUUAGGCAUACAUGAAUGUGCUAUGAAUAGAAUGCUUUUCAGGCUGUGUGAUAUUAAAUUAAAGCCAUUUUAAUUCUCAAGUAACCUCAUUUCACUUAAAAUGGCACGGCACAAUUUGGUUCUUCUAAAAAUAGAUUAAAAGUUUUUCACCAAACUACCUCAUCGACAUGAAAGACGUUCAAGUAGAUACUGAUAAUGUGUUUAUAUCUCAGUCGAAUAAUGUGAUUUUUGUAUAGAUAGAAGAACCUCAAUUAUAGUGUAUUACAAUGUACUUUUGUUUUA